CACUUCCGUAAGGCUAUUUCCUGCCACUACGCCAGCUCUCACUGCCACUACAUUGAUGUAAGGGGAACGACACAGGAAAACAUCGCCAAGGAAGUAGAAGAGAUCGCACUGAAGAGGGGUGUGAGUCUUGGUUUCAAGGAAAUCUGGAACGUGCGGAGCCGUUGUGUACGAGGCGUAGAGGACAGCCUGUAGUAGACCUGAUGAAACAUGAAGAGAACAAACCACCACUUCUGUUCUUUUCACUUUUGAAUUAUAUGGCAAAGAGUGUAUAAGAUUUUCUUUAUUUAGGAAUUGGUUUGAAAAAUGAGUGCUUAUGUAGUAGAUAACAUAAUAAGAUAAUAGAUAGAUUUAAAAGAUAGAGAUAUGAAAAUUAUUGUGUAAAUAUAUUACUAAAUUUGUUUUAUACAUUUCUGGCAGGCUUCUAAUCCAAAGACAUGGUUAAUUCAAUAAUAAUUUGAUUUGAUCUAUAUUGAAAAUUUUUAAUUUCAUCCUCAAAAUGGUUGUGUCACACCUUUCUAAAGCAUUUUGUGCCAUUACUAAUUUACAAAUUUUCUGUUAUAGUUUAUACAGAGUUUGUGAGACAGUUAUUUCAUAAAAUAGCCCAUUUAAUUACAACUGGAAAUUAUUUGUAAAAUCUACAUUUAAAAGAUGUUUGUGACUUACUUGAAUUCCUUUUUACAAGAAAUGAUUGUAGUUUUUCAGGGAAGUUAAGUAAAACUAAUCUACAUUUCCAUGUCUAUGCCACUGAACAAAUGAUAAUACCGUUUGAAUAUCUUGUUAAAGGUAUGAAGGUAAUAUGAAGCUUUUUCUUUUCUUUUUUUCUUUUUCUUUGUGUCCUUCACUAUGAAUUUCAGUGAUCAAGGCAGUUAAUGUACUGCUGCAGGGAAAAUGGUGCUAUUUUCAUUAUUCUUUUUUAUAAAUCAUCUAGAUUAAUAGAUUUGGGACAGGAUUGUUUAUGAGGUUUACUUGAUCCAUUCAAAGAAACAUACACUUAUCCAGACCCACAGUCACAUAUACUUGCAUUCACAUUGAAACCCACUCGCACACACAGGCACGCACGCAAACUUACUCACAAAUAUGCACAUGCGCACCCCCCCCCCCACACACACACACACUUUCAUGCACAAAAGGCAUAGAUUUCCUUUGUAACUCUAUAUUCAUUAUAUUUUGAGAUAUGUAGUAAUGAUUUAAAGUGAUCAAAUAUAUUAUUGGCAGAAAUAAAAUUAUUAAAAGUAA